AUGAGAGUUCAACAAGAGAGAAUCAGCAGCACCAACACAAUGUCACCAUCCAGAAGACCCCUCCACAUCAACAUCCCACCCUCAACCUCCGCCAUGUUCCAACGCAUCCGCCCUUCCGUCGUCACCUCAUUUCUGAAAAAACCACUCUCUCUCCCUUUCGUUCUCUCCAUCUUCCUCUUCCUCGCUUGGAUCUCUCUCCGUUCAUAUCGCACUUCUCAUUCUCUCCAUCUGUCUUCCCCAAACGACGACGCUAAAGCCAAUCUCCGGAGAUUCUCUUCCCAUUUCCCUUCCCGUAUUGCCAAGGAUAAUCGGGGGUGGAUUCUUGAUCCUAUUGCUCUUGCAGCUUCCUCCGGCCUUUCAGGUGGAGCUGUUAAUUGCGGUUCUCUUCAUCUCGGUGAAAUUCGACCGGGGAAGUUUAGAGGAAAUCAUAGACACCACGAUUGUAAUGAGACUUUUGUACUUUGGGGUGCUGCUAUCAAGUUUAGGGUGGAAAACAGUGCGGUAACUGAUAUUGGUUAUGCUGAGGUGACCAUAGCUAGAGAUGAGGUUAUUGUUGCAGCUAGCCCUGCUCACACAGCUCAUGCUUUAAUAAACAUAGAUCCGGCUCGGAGUGCGUAUUUUAUAGGAUGCCAAGAUAGUAUCAUAAACUAUAAUGCCUCAAGUACGGACUUUAAUGUUUGGAAAGAUAUUUAA